GCACGCGCUCCAGCCACGUGACCCCCCGACAGCCAACAGGCUCACUGGGAUUUGGGGGAUAAAGCGCGGCCCCGCGAGCAAUUGCGGCGGGAGAGCAGCGGGCCGAGAGCGUGACUCGGCCGCUCCGGCGCUGCUGCUCUUGCCCGCCGCGCACUGCGCGCUGCUCGCGCAGCCAUGUCUGAGGAGAAGCCCAAGGAGGGAGUGAAGACGGAGAAUGACCACAUCAACCUGAAGGUGGCGGGGCAGGACGGCUCCGUGGUGCAGUUCAAGAUCAAGAGACACACCCCUUUGAGCAAGCUGAUGAAGGCCUACUGCGAGAGGCAGGGCUUGUCAAUGAGACAGAUUAGAUUUAGGUUUGAUGGGCAACCGAUUAAUGAAACAGAUACUCCAGCACAGCUGGAGAUGGAGGAUGAAGACACCAUUGAUGUGUUCCAGCAGCAGACGGGAGGCUCGUGGGAGACCGGCUGCCUGCUGGGCGUGGCCUCUCGAGGGGCCGUCCUUCUGGUUGCCCCUCCUUAUCCUGCUGUUGAGUGGUGAACAUGCGACCGUGCCAGCCACAGAGGGGUCUGGAGAGGCUCAAGGCAUUCACCAAAAUGAUUUUCCCCUCUGAUAUACUUGGAGUGCAACUCAAAACUGUAUCCGCAGGGGUGGAUCUACAACUUAAAUUGGGUCAAUCAGAAUUGUUAUCUUUGUUCAAGAGAAAUGAGUUGCAAGUUUUUUGGAAUUUGUUAAUGUUUUUAUUUUCUUUUUCCCCCUCUUACAGCAUUUUUACCCCAGAUUGUGGCCUGAAUGUUUGCUUUUAGUCCACGGCAGGAUCUUGCCCCGGUUCAGGCUGCCCCUCACUGCCUGCUCUGGUCACACUGUGCUGGUUGUUUAUACCAGUGGGGAAGGGUCAGGUGUGGGGCCUGACAAAGGUGAGGAUGGAAGACCAGACUGUCAUUUGCUGUUUGUUGUAGGCACACGUUAUUAAAAUGCUAAAUACUGCAGAUUUAAACUUUGUCACCAUGUGGUAAAGUUGAAGGGAAGAUGCUGGACUCCUUUUUUUUUUUUUUUUUUUUGUAGAGACGGAGUCUCACUUUAUGGCCCUCGGUAGAGUGCCGUGGCCUCAGCUCACAGCAACCUCCAACUCCCGGGCUUAAGCGAUUCUCUUGCCUCAGCCUCCCGAGUAGCUGGGACUACAGGCACCCGCCACAACGCCCGGCUAUUUUUUGGUUGCAGUUUGGCCGGGGCCGGGUUUGAACCCGCCACCCUCGGUAUAUGGGGCCGGUGCCUUACCGACUGAGCCACAGGCGCCGCCCAGCUGGACUCCUUUUUAAAAAGUAAAAUAUAAGCAUCCUUUGGUAAUUUGGUCCCACGUGCUCCCAGCUCCUUGAGCAUGUCCCCUUGCUGUCCCAGGCCCCCACCCCAGUCCCCAUCAGUGCCUGACAGUUGGUACAUGGACAAGGAUUGGCACAGCAAAAAUUGGCUUUUUCUCUGUUCUGAAUAUAGAAGAAAACAAUCCACACAUCUCCUGUGGUGACGGUGUUGUGAUGUCCGGUUUCUUUUAAGUAUUUGCUUUUGCUGAGUAAUUAUGGUCUAUAUAUAAACAAGUCGGAUUAAGUAUUGCUGGAUUUUCAGUUACAUUGUGGUGUAAAAGAGCUACUUCAAAAUACGGUUUCAGACAAACCCACGGAAGAUGACUUCAUGCUCUGCGCUCUUCCCAUGCGUUUGUGCUGUGCUGCUUUCCAAGUGUGUGUUGAACGUGCGCAUUAUUGUGGCGAUUCCAGUUCUGUGGAACACUUGGGGAUCUACGCCAAUUAGAAACGUUUGUAGCUCUGCCUGUUGUUUUUCUGUAAGGAUUCACUGAUGCCUGGUGGCCACUCUGCCUUUUUUAUAGUCGCCUGAACAGCAACCCAUCAUCUCUUGCUUGCUUGAAAUCUUUAAGAAAGUGCUCUCAUUUCUUCUGUUUUGCUGUAUGGGCUUGGGUGGGGUGUUUGUUAGCGCUGUUGUGUUUAUUUACCAAUUUGUACAUUAUCUGUUGUCCUUUACUACUGUCAACAGUAAAUAUAGUUUGGUAUUCUGUC